GCUGGCUAUAUAAAGGGAGUCGAAGUUGAGAAACGGGCACUUCCCCACUGAACUAAGCGGAUCACCGUUGCUGCUCGCUUUGUAGACUUCAACCAUGAAGCUCGCUGUCGUUCUCGCCUGCCUGCUGGUGGCCGUCGCUGCCAAGCCCCAGCUUGGAUUCCCAUUUGGCGGUGGCACCGGCGAUGCCUUCGCGGGGUCCACCCAGGGACAGAACAGUGGUCCGUUCGGUACUAGCCAGAUCCAACAGAGCAGCGCUGGUGCCCGAGGCUCUGCCUCUGGAUUCGGCUCGUCCAACAAUCGAGCCCAGAGCACAGUCGGCCAGAGCACAGGGAUCUUCGGGAACAGCCAGUUCGCCAACAACCAGGCGACCAGCAACCAGCGAGGCUAGCUCCCGCGCGAGGACAGACCCGAUCGGACAACUGCAACUCCAUGGCGCUAAGACAACUUAAACUAAGCGAAAGCAAGCUGUCAUUUUCGUGUGAAAGUGCCAAAGUUACAGAGUUCGUUAGCUGAACGCUAGCGGCGCGAAGACAACCGUCACGAGAAGGCACGGGGCUUACAGAGUUCUUACACAAGAUGCUGGAAGUUCGGGGCGAAAACGGCAUCUGCAAGAAGUCGUACUGACAUGGCCGCAUGUGCAAAGGCAGUAAUCCACCUAUUUCUGGUAAUGCGUGAAUGCGGAUAUGCCAAAAAUUAUGCUGCUAUUGAACAAUAAACAUGAUCAAAA